AAACCCCAUAAAACUCAAAAUAUAAAAUCUUGUUUCUCUGCUAUCUAAAACAUUAUCAUUUUAUCAAUUCAUCAUUGUGGCAGCAGCCAUGGCCGCCCACUCAAUCUUCACCACAACCAGCACUACCAAUUCUUUCUUAUACCCAGUUUCUUCUUCUUCUUCUUCCCCUAACAUUAACUCUUCUUUCCAUGGUGUUUCACUUAAUGUUAAGUCAAAAUUUGGCCAAUCUUUGACCCUUUAUGCUGUCACUACCCCUAAACCCCUUACUGUUUUUGCUGCUACUAAGAAAGCUGUUGCUGUCCUUAAGGGCAACUCUAAUGUUGAGGGGGUUGUCACUCUAUCUCAAGAUAAUGAUGGUCCAACUACGGUUAAUGUUCGUAUAACUGGACUUGCUCCUGGACUUCACGGGUUUCAUUUACAUGAAUAUGGUGACACUACAAACGGGUGUAUGUCUACAGGAGCCCAUUUUAAUCCGAAUAAAUUGACACAUGGAGCUCCUGGAGAUGAAAUCCGUCAUGCGGGUGACCUGGGAAACAUAGUGGCCAAUGCCGAUGGCGUGGCUGAAGUGACACUUGUAGAUAAUCAGAUACCAUUGACCGGUCCAAACUCAGUUGUUGGAAGAGCACUUGUAGUUCAUGAGCUUGAGGAUGACCUCGGAAAGGGUGGCCAUGAACUCAGCCUUACCACUGGCAAUGCUGGUGGACGAUUGGCAUGCGGUGUGGUUGGUUUGACUCCAAUAUGAAGUAAAUGCAGCAGCAACAACAGCUCUUUUGUCGGAACUAUAAUGAGUGAACGUAUUUACCCUCCUCUCCGGGUUGCCAAUAAACCUCUACAUGAAUGUGUAGUGAGAAAUUCUUUGAUGAACUAAAUUUGAACUUGUAUGUACACUUGCCAAAUGUAGUGCAACACUUUUUUGCUUCAAAACUGUAAUUGGAGUUGGCUAUUUACCAUCCUUGUGUUUUGGCUAUCUAAAGUUACACUCAAUUAACUAAGUGUUGUCUUGGAUU